GGCGCCCGGUGUGGGCGCCGGGACCGGAGUUGUGCGGGCCGAACCAUGGCGGCAGCAGCGACGGCUUCGUCUGAGUCUCACUUGGAAGAUUUGAAAUCAAACCCGCAGAGCUGCCGCGACAGCGAUUCUGACAGCGGCCAGGGCAGCUGCGAAACGGGCUCUCCUGGUCACCCCGGCAAGGGGACCGCGGCCCUCGAGGACCGAGAUUCAGAGGAAGAGAUUUUUGUAAGUAAAAAGGCAAAAAGCAAAAGGUUGCUUCAAGACAGUGAAAGUGAAGGUGAAGAGGAGAGCAGCUCUUUAAAAAAUGACCCUCUGGAUGGAGUCUUGGAAAAUGGAGAAGAAAAAGAGAACACUGCUGCCCUGGGGAAUAAAAAGACUCAUCGAGUUCGCCAGAGGCUGAUGGAUAGUGAUGACAGUGACUCUGGCGACCACCUGCGUAUUGAAAACUUUGAACAAAGUGUGAAGUCUGGAUUAUCUGAGAUUGAGCCAGGAGGGGAGAAACCCCUAAAAUCGGCGAAAAAACACAGAAAAAAACCCCAUGAUCUCAGAGAAGAGAAAGCAAAAAAAUCUGUAGGAAAAUCAAGGAGGAGAAAGGAGAAAGAAAAAAGGGCUGAAUCCAUUAAACAGUUGAAAAAAGGAAAGAAGCCUAGAGCAGAGGUAGAUGGUGGUGAGAGGUAUCCUUUCAAUGACAGUGGAUGUCUUCUGGAUGACAAAGAACUUUUUGAUAAUGGGUUAGAAGAGGAAGGGGAAAAUGAUUCCCUUGCAGAAGAUGAGGAGUCACUAGAAGCAAUACGAGCAGCAGUGAAAGACAAAAUUAAAAGAAAAAAGAACAAAGAGCUGUUUUCUGAGGGUGAAGGUUGCAAACGUGUAUUUGAUGACGAGAAUGAAGAACUCAGAUUAACACAACCGAAAAAGAAGGAACGGAAAGCAGCAAGAUUAAGUAAAGAAGCUAUUAAACAGCUACAUAGUGAGACCCAACGACUCAUUCGAGAGUCAUCUCUGUCUCUCCCAUAUCACAUGCCUGAAGCCAAAAGCGUUCAGGAACUCUUCAAGUGUAGACCUCGACCAACGUGUCAAGGAAAUGCCAUGUUAUUGCUGAAGUCCACAAAGUAUCAGGCCUCCCUAGAUGAAGAAACUGCAGGUACAAAGAACUUGAGCUUGGACUGCAAAGAUGGACAGGCAGGAGGUGAUCAACCAGCAGCUAGUGAAGCAAAAACAAGCCUGGGCAGGGAUGUUAACACCCCCACGGACAAACUUCCUGCUCAUAAAGGAGAGAAUUUGACAGAAGAUUGUGCUGAAAAACUUGGUCGAGAUGAUGAUACUCACACAGUUAGGACUGCAACAGCUGCUAAUAAUUCAGAAGAGCAAAGUGUCCUAAGCACCGCCUGUAGUGAACAAAAGGAGAACCAAGUUCCCCUGGCAGCUGGAGAAAAUGCCCUUGAGCAAAGGGUUGAAGUAGCACCAGAAGCAGCCUGUGGAGAACACAGUCAGCAAGUGGCACCUGGAUUGGUGGCAGAGCCUGAAAAAGUAAGGAAGUCCAAGCUGGAUAAACUUCGAGAGCUGGGGAUAGACCUGUCUAUCAAGCCAAGGAUCUGCACUGACAAUGAAUCCUUUAUAAACCUUGAUGAAUCUGAUUCCAAUAAAGAAUUGGAAGCCUUGAAAGCUCGUUUCUUGAAACACACUCUUCAAACAUCGAAACCUAAAGUUGAACGGACCAUAAACAUGAACAUUAUUCGUAAGGAGACUACAGCUGAAGGCAAAGAGGAACUAAAAGCAGAUGUGGUGCCAGCAGUAUUAGUUACAGAAAGCCGAGAUGAAACAGUCCACACCAAGCCAGGUGAAAAGCUACAAGUGUUGAAGGCUAAACUCCAAGAGGCCAUGAAACUCCGCAGGAUUGAGGAGCGCCAAAAGCGGCAAGCACUGUUUAAACUAGAUAAUGAAGACAUGUUGGAGGAAGAAGAGGAGGAGGAGGAAGAGAUGACAGAUGAGUCUGAGGAAGAGGAAGAAGGCAAUCACGAGACUGCAGAAUUUCUCCUUGGGGAGGCAGAGGAAGACAAUGAAGAUUUAGAAGAGAAACGCACUGAGGAUGGUGAUAAAGAAACGGAUAAAGAAUCAGUUGAUGGAGAAAAGGUGGAUAAAACUGUGCACUGUGAUUCUGUUCCCAAGCUACCUUCAACAGAGUCUACACUGAUGCUAUUUAAAGACAGCUCCUCCAAAAUGGGAUAUUCUCUUCCUGAUGAGAAACUUGAAAUAGAAGAAGCUGCAGACAAAGGACCUACCAAGUUGGAAGAUGAUGAUUCAUUUUCUCUGCCAACACCGGCAAAAGAUAAUAGCCAUAACAGCAGCUUUGAGCUGAUCGGCUCCAUGAUUCCGUCGUAUCAGCCCUGCAACAAACAGAUGUCCCGUGGAGGGAACAUCUUAUCUGCAGCAGGAGGUUUCAGGUCACCCUCCCCAGGUUUUUUCAAAACAAGCUUCCUCAGCUCUGCUUCCAAGAGCUCAGGAAAGAUGUCCGAGCCUUCUCUUCCCAUAGAAGAUUCCCAGGACCUGUAUAAUGCCUCUCCUGAGCCCAAGAGUUUAUUUCCAGGACCUGGAGAGUCACAGUUUCAUUUUUCUCUAGAAGAUGACACUCAGAGCCAGCUGCUUGAUGCAGAUGGGUUUUUGAAUGUUGGACAACAUAGGAAUAAAUAUCAGUCAACAAAACAUCAGCUGACUCUGGCUAGCAUGGAUGAGAAUGCAAUGGAUGCCAACAUGGAUGAAUUAUUGGAUUUGUGUUCUGGUCAGUUUAGCAGUCAAACUGAAGACGUGCCAGAUACAAACAGCAACAAAAAGCAGAACAUGGAAGAAUUGCUCAAUCUUUGUUCAGGAAAAUUUGUAUCUCGGACAGGUUCUCCAACAUGGGCAUCUUCAGCAUCUUCUAAGGCUGGAAAAGACAGUGACGUAGAAGAUCCAAUGACAGAAGCUCUGGCGCUUUGCUCGGGCUCCUUCCCAACAGACAGGGAAGAAGAAGAGGGAGAGCAAGAGGAACUGGGUGAAUUCCAGCUUGUAACGGAUGACAAUGCCUUUGAUAAUGCUGAAGAAGCAGAAAGGAGCGAGGAAGAUGCUGAAGAAGCCGAAAUGAGUGAUGAAGAAGAACAACUGUUGAGACGUAGACAGGGCUUGAAGAAAAAGCUAAAACUACAGGAUUUCAUGGAAGAUGAGGCAGAGCUGUCAGGGAGUGAUGUGGGAAGUGAGGAUGAAUAUGAUGGCGAAGACCUGAACGAAUAUGAAGAAGACAUUAUUGAUGAGGAACUCCCUACUGAUGCGGAAUUAGAAAAUCAAGUCCAGAAAUUACACAUGAAGGCUAUGCUUGAUGAUGACAAGCGUCAGCUGCGCUUGUACCAAGAGAGGUAUCUCCUUGAUGGGGACCUGCACAGCGAUGGCCCUGGCAGAAUGAGACGAUUCAGAUGGAAGAACAUAGAUGAUGCUUCACAGAUCGACUUGUUUCAGAGAGAUUCAGAUAAUGAUGAUGAAAAUGAAGAGCUUGAUGAGACAGAGGCAAAGUGGAGGAAAGAGCGAUUUGAGCGAGAACAGUGGCUUCGUGAGCAGAAGGAAAAAAAUAAAGAGGAGGAGGAGGAAGUUGGUGAAGAUAGCCAAUUUAUGAAACUAGCAAAAAAAGUAACUGCCAAGUCCCUACAGAAGAAAGCAAGCCCAAGCCCUCUAGUAGUAGUGCAAGAAACCAAAUUGUUGCCCAGGAGCCCAUUUGAAGCAUUCAGACCUGCCAGUGAUGUCCAGCUGAAAAAUGGGUCUCUCUUGAAUAGACCUAAAGCUAUGCUUCAGAAACUAGCAGCGAUGUCCGAACUUAAUCCAAAUGCUCCUCGAAAUUCAAGGAAUUUUGUCUUUCACACACUUUCUCCAGACAAGAGUGAAGAGGCAAAGGAGAAAUCAAAACUUCAGGUGAAGAAAAGAGGUUCUACUACAGUAAUAACAUCCCUGGCCAAGCGGUCCAGGUCUGACAGCACAGCACAAAUGAGUAAAAGUCGGAGCAUAUUCCAGUAUUUGGAGAGCUGAAUGGUUUUGUUUAGGGCCAGAAGUUUUAUCUUGUCUCUUUGCCAGCUGCAGUUUGGUUUGCAGAUCUCUACCACCGAUCGUCCAGGGGGGUAAAGCUAUUGCUACACAUUCUUCUGUUUCCACUUAGCAAGUUGAAGUAAUUUCCAGGCAAUGGUCGUGAUAACUCCCUUUAGUCUUUCUCAAUGUUCCAUGGCGAGCAGGGGACCACAAGAUCCAUGCUUGGAUUGGAAUGAAAUGCUAACUUGGUCUGAGCCCAAGCAUUAAGGAAAUUUACACUACUGUAUACCAUCCUCACAACCUCGAAUGCCACAAGAAUAUCCUUGUGUUACAGAAAAUGCCAUUCCUGGGAUAGGUAUGAUGCAGAGAUGCUGCAGUAAGUUUAAAGCACAGAUGAAGGAGAUAGACCUGCAGUUCUGAAUAAGAAAGAAGCCAUGCUAAAUACAGCAGGACACAUGUGUAUUCCCUUCAAUGUCCUGUUUCUUUUAAAUAAUUAAGCAUUUACUAGUUUGGUGUCUUGGGACGUUCCAGUGUACAUUUGAAAUACAUAGUUUAAGAAAAAAAAAAGUCUUUUAUGAGGCACAAUGAUAGGCUUCUUUCCAAGUUUUUAUUACUUUUUAUCUAGGCACAUGUAUGAACGUGUGGGGAGAGGGAAGAAUGUGAACAGCAGAUGUAGGAGAGGAAAAGGAGACGUGCAGGGUUUUUUUGUUUAUUUUGGUUUUGGAGGUAUUUUGAACAACUGAAGACCCUUAAAUUAUCUAUCCCCUUGUUUUCUUUUAAGCUGUGGUUCUCCAUGACAAAUCAUCCGUUUCUGCACAGCUAGAAAUGAAAGGCCUUCCCUAGAAUGAGGAAAUGAGAUAAUAAGGAACCAUUAUUCACAACUAUGCUAGAUUGUGUGAAAGAAACUUAGGAUGUAAUUAGAAUACACAGCAUCUCUGAUCAUAAACAAUGUAUAAAAGUAGAGACUUCAUUAUGGUAAUACAGUGGCCUGUUCUGUAGGACUAAAUAUCUCCUAAGACUUUAUUUCAAAUACUUAUGUUGCUGACACUGUCAGGGAAGAAUCUUGAAGUGUAAAUUUUGUAACAUCA